CUAAAGGCAUGUCUCUAGCAAGUGGCAACGUUUAUAUAUCUUAUCUACAGGUUCAAACAUUUCAAUGUAUAUUUUGCCAUCUUCUCCUCAAAGCACAAUUCAGCAACAAACCUAAAUCUCUUGGAAGAAACUACUUCCUAUUUGAUUAUGAGAUUUCUGUUCGACUGCACACGGUUGGCCGGCCCAGAAGUUGCUUCGCGGAUAAAGACCAAUAUAUAAUAAUAGCAGUUAUGAUAACAAGAUCAAUGAUUCCCUACAGUUGUUCUAGCCUUUGUAUCAAGACCCAUCAGAGAUUUCAAGUUUCUAGUUCUAAUCUCGGGUUUCUGUUGGCAAAAAAUUCAAAAAACAAGCCCAGUAAGUUCCAAUGUAUGGGGAAUCAAAGAUCGAACAUUCUUAACACCACCUCGGAAAUGCCCCAUCCAAGGAAUAAAAGGGACAUGACUGUCUACAAUGGGGUUGAUCCAGGACCUGUCCUUCCUCCCGGAACUUCUUCUCCUGGUUCUCGAUAGAGUUGAAUCAGUUGUGGAAGCAGCAGGACAACUAACAGAUACUGUGGAAAAGGUAGCUCAGGGAGUGGAGAGGGUAGCAGAAGAGGUUUCUGAUCUUCUGCCGGAAGGUGGAAAGCUUAGAAAAGCUGUGACUGUUGUUGAAAAUGUUUCCAAAGAAACAGUCAAAGAUGCUCAUCUGGCUGGGGAAGUCCUUGAGAAGGUAGAAGAAGUUGGAAAAGAGGCAGAUUCUUUGAUUGAAACGGUCAUUCAACAAGGCAGUGAGACAACCAAAGAAGCUAAGGACCAGCUUUAACACUGUGUCAAUGUACUAAUUUGACUUUGUAACUCAUAUUAGAUGGAUAAGAAUUGUAAAUGCUGAAUUAUUAUUAUUUUUUUAUCCAAGAUUUAUUCCCCCUA